GUUCUUCCAUAAAGGGGGCUUUCCAAGCUCGGCUCGAGCGGGAAUGGCCAGCGCCAACAAGGACACCGGCUUGGAAUACCUCGUCAAUCAGCUCAUCUCUGUCAUCACAAACGAUGGGCGGAACAUCGUGGGAAUGCUCAAGGGAUAUGAUCAAGCGACGAACUUGAUCAUCGAUGAAUCGCACGAGAGGGUCUACUCCACAACGACUGGAGUAGAGCAGCAUGUCUUGGGAUUGUACAUCAUUAGAGGCGACAACAUCGCUGUGGUAGGAGAGUUGGACGACGAAAUGGAAUCCACGCUUGAUCUAACUGCGAUCAAAGCCCAUCCUCUCAAGCCCAUCCAACAUGGAGCUUAAAAAAUGGGACAAAAGGCUCGGACUCUAACCGGUUUGUUAAUUUCCGUUAACUCCACGUCAGCCCUAGUUUCUUCUCA